CGGCGCGUAAAUCUCCAGAUUACUACACAGAUGCGAUUCUAUUACCGCCAUUCUAAACGCUUUAUUUUAAAAUAUUGCUAAGAUUAAAAAAGUCUGGUCCUGUGCUUGGAUGCAGGUACCUGGCCGUUGCAGGUGCUUACAGGUGUCAGGAGCUGGCUCCAAAUCACAUUUCCACUAGGAAAUUGCUGUAUAGAAAGCUGCCUCAGCUUUUUGAUAAGCAGACAUGGCUGUCACGCUGCAUACUGAUGUAGGAGAUAUUAAAAUUGAACUAUUCUGUGAGCGUACUCCAAAGACUUGUGAAAAUUUCCUGGCUCUUUGUGCUAGUAACUACUACAAUGGAUGCGUAUUUCACCGAAAUAUAAAGGGCUUCAUGGUUCAGACAGGGGAUCCAUUAGGCACUGGGAAAGGAGGUAACAGCAUCUGGGGCAAGAAGUUUGAAGAUGAAUUCAGUGAAUACCUAAAGCACAGUGUCCGUGGGGUAGUUUCAAUGGCAAACAAUGGGCCGAACACCAAUGGAUCGCAGUUCUUCAUCACUUACGGCAAACAGCCGCACCUGGACAUGAAGUACACUGUGUUUGGAAAAGUUAUUGAUGGCUUGGAGACCCUGGAUGAGCUGGAGAAGCUGCCUGUUAAUGAGAAAACCUACCGACCUCUUAAUGAUGUUCGUAUUAAAGAUAUUACAAUCCAUGCCAACCCUUUUGCUCUGUAGCCACAGAGGCCUCAACACAUUCUUUAGAGACUGGUCAGACCAACUCCCAGAUCAUGGGGUUUAAGGAACCAUUAAAAAGGGUUACUUGAGCUGGA